AACAGAACUGCUAACUGAAUCAUGAAAAUGGCAGCUGGCACCAUGGUCACACAUACCACAGAAAAAAACUCCAGGCCCUCUUCCACGUUUAUUUUGCUUCGUUGUUUCCGAUAUUAAGCUGUCAUGUUGAAACAGCCUCAAUCUCACUUAGAAGUCCUUUCCAAGAAACAUGGCGGAAGAAUGUGUUUUUGAUAUCUGUGUUGUUGGCGCUGGUAUUGUGGGCAGUUGCGCAGCUUAUAAUGCCCUAAAAUACACCAAAUCUGUGGUUCUAUGUGAGCAGUUUCCUUUAGGCCACUCUAGAGGAAGCUCACAUGGACACAGUAGAAUUAUACGCAAAUCCUAUAUUCAAGAACAUUAUGCAAGGAUGAUGCCAGAAGCCUACAAAAUAUGGCACGAGUUAGAGCAACUGAGCGGCGAAGAACUUCUUUUAAAUACCGGUCUGCUGACAUUGGAAGACAGUCCCCAUGAAAAUAUCCUAAAAAUGAAAAGACAUUUAGAGGGGAUCAAUGCUGACUUCAAGUACCUUGACAGGGAUGGGUUGAAACAGAAGUUUCCAAUGCUUCAGCACUUAGGAACAUACAAUGCUGUUUAUGAGCCAACUGGGGGGAUUUUAAGAGCAGACAAAUGCUGUGCUGUUUUACAGGCACUUUUCAAGAAAAAUGGUGGCACUACCAAGGAAUGCUUCAAAGUAACAAAAGUAAUACCUGGCAGUGUGGUAACCAUUGCUUCUAAUGAAUCUGUGAUCAAGGCAAAAAGUGUGAUUUUCACUGCAGGCCCUUGGACAAAUGAUAUUUUGAAUCCGCUAGGUGUCCAUCUUCCAUUGCAAACAAUGAAGAUUAAUGUUUGCUACUGGAAAGCUCCAGACUCAGUUUAUUCUUUAAAGUCUGGUUUCCCUUGCUUCAUUGACUACACUGUCAAAGAUGGUGAUAACUGGCAUCUUUACGGCCUACCAAACUUUGAAUUCCCUGGACUACUGAAGGUUUGUGCUCACUACGGCAAGGUAUAUCACCCUGACCAACGUGACGCUGAGAAUGAUAACAAAGAGGUGCAAGUUGUUGCAGGGUACUUGAAAAUGUUUUUCAAAGGUGUUGAUAGCAAACCAUCAAUCGUUGAUAAAUGCUAUUACUCUUGGACACCAGAUGAAGAUUUUAUUCUCGACCAACAUCCAGUGCACAAAAACAUCAUCUUUGGUGCAGGAUUUUCAGGACAUGGGUUCAAACUUGCACCAGUUACCGGAAAGAUUCUUGCUCAACUUGCAUCGAAGAUUCAGCCUGAAUAUGAUCUGACCCCAUUACGAGCCUCCAGGUUCGACAAAAAAUCAAAUUUAUAAUUUGGAGAAUCGAUGACAAAAUAAUUGCUUUUAAUCGCUUUAAGUUUCAAGCACGAAAAUACCAAACAAUAGAGCUAAAAUGAUUUUUUGAAAUUUAAUAAAUUUGUCGAUCUUACAAAUGUAUCUUAUAUUAUCUACACAUUAAAUAGCAUCUAUUCUAUGACAAACAAUGUUAUGGAAAACGUUUGUACAAUGUCAGUCAUACAUUUAAGUAAAUUUGUAAACAAAACAAUUCUCAUUUCUUCUCUCUUUUCGUUAUUCCAUAAUUUGUAUAGCUUUAUGCAUUUAGUCAAGGAUGAUUUUCCUAUCCAGG